AUGUCUGCGCCUUCCAUCGCCCCCUACAUCGCCAAGCGCCCAUGGCUCCAGAAAUGGGUCGCCCCCCUCGCCAAGUGGUACGCAAAUGCUGCCGGAUACAGGCAGCUCGGUCUGAAAGCCGAUGACUUGCUCCCCGAGGAGAACAGCGUUGUGCAGAUUGCCCUGAACCGUCUCGGACCCCAGGAAGCCUAUGACCGUGUCUUCCGCCUGCGCCGCGCCAUCCAGCUCUCCAUGUCCCAUCAGCUUCUGCCCAAGGAGGAGUGGACCAAGCCAGAUGAGGACUCUCCAUACCUCUCGAGCCACAUCAAAGUCAUCGAGGCCGAGAUGGCUGAGCGCGAGGAUCUCGAGUCGAUGAUCGUAUCCAAGAGGGCCAAGAACGCAGUCCCGAAGGGUCACUAG